AUGAGGCACGACAACAGACUCUGGAGCACAGCAACUGUCCGUGGAGAUAGAGACGACCUCGUGGACGGACGGGAGAGGCCAAAGAAGCCAGUCCGAAACUCGCACUCGCACUCGCAGAAGUUGAAGCCAAUACGAAUUGCCACAUUGAACAUUGGCACGCUCACAGGACGGAGCCGCGAGAGACACGAUGGCGAGGGCAAAAAUCGUGCGAUAUUGGAAGGAUACAAGCUCAGCUACUACGGCACAUCCAAUAGCAACGGAGUGGCCAUUGCCGUCGACGCCGAGCUGCGCAGUCACAUCGCGGAAGUACAGCGCCACUCAGACAGGCUCAUCUCUGCUAUCAUUGAUUGUGAAACUUACCGUGUAUACGUGUUUCUGCCUAUGCUCCACAAUGUGGCUGCGAAGACGAGGAAGAAAGGACGAUUCUGGACAGAUUUACAAGACAAGAUUGCAGCAGUUCCUGGAGACGAUUUUCUCUUGUUCAUGCGGCGAUCUCGAAGGCCACGCUGGCGCGGAACGGGUACAGCUGCCAUGGGAACUACGGGAUAUGGUGCACGCAAUGAAGACGGAUGCAGGAUUUUGGAUUUUGCUGAGGCAAACGAUCUUGUCAUCACUAACACUUUCUUCAAAAAGCGUGAAAGCCACCUAGUCACCUAUGCUAGCGGGAACCUGAAAAAGUCAAAU